UCCAUCCGCGAACGCCUCCCACCCCGCCUACAAAUCGCAGACGACUGGAAUCUCCUAUACAGCUUAGAGCGGGACGGCGCCAGCUUAGGUACCUUAUACAGGAAUUGUGAGGCGGGUGAGCAUUCGAGAGCUGGGUGGGUCUUCGUAGUUCGAGCCGGAGGCACCGAGGAAGGGCUUUUCGGAGCUUUCGUCGACGCGACACCGCGUAUCGGACCGACAUACACAGCCUCUGGCGAAUCCUUCCUCUACCGCUCCAACCCCUCCACCUUCGAAGCCUGGCCAUCGACAAACGCAAACUCAUACCACGCACUCUUCGCACCAUCCUAUAUUGCUUUCGGAGGCGGUGAGGGCCGUAAUGGGUUAUGGCUGGGAUGGGAGGGGUUGGAGACGGGUCGAAGCGAGUGGUGUCCGAGUUUUGGGAAUGAGGUGCUU